AGUCGUCCUGCGCAUGCGUAAAUCCUGUCUGCUGCCAUGACAACGGCCGUGGCUCGUCUUUGACUGUCAAGUCGCCACGAUGAAGCGUCCUGUGAAUGCUUUAAUCAAACACGCAACAGCACCUGGUUGCCAAAGUUACCGCCCGCCGAGCGCUUCACUCAUCGCGCCACUUCCGGUCAGCAGCAGCAGCGGAAAACAUGUCGUACCAGAAGAGUUCUCGACGUUGUAGAAGUGAUUCCCCUGAGAAGAGCAUCUCUUUGUCCUACCCGCGCCCAGACCUGAAGGCUUACAGCAGAAGAGAAGUCAGGAAGAGACACAGUUCUGGUGGCCCAACGAAGGCCAGUGUCCAGGCUGCUCACAACAAAGCGCCCCCUGCUGUUCCAGACCCCCACCAACACAAAGCCUCAGAACCACCUGUGGAACUUGGACCCCCAGCAGGGCCACGUGAGAAGCCCCGCCCCGCAAUGAUUGAUGGCCAGUCGCAGACCAGCGGCCGUCAUGGGCAUGACCCUUCAGCCAAUGAGAGUCUUCAUGGUCUACGCCGCAAGACGGAGCCGAGGUCGACAAGUGAAAGGUUGGAUUGGAGCAGGAAGGAAGACGCUGGUCGUUCUCCGCUGCUGAGGGCACAGCAGACGCUCCGCACGGGCGUCAGAACGCACCCCAUUGCCAUGGAUACGGAGUACCGCCGCAGCUUCCAGGGCGAACCUCUGCCUCGUGGGCCCCGUCUACGGAAACAUGUGGAACAUCAGCAGAGGCUUCCGCCCUUCUAUGUACACACGAGGAUUAAGAAAAAGAGGGAGGAGUGUGACAGGAAGCCCUGCCCCCAACAUGGCGUCCCCCUCCAGCAGAAGGAUACCAAUUAUCCUCCUCACAGAAGACAAAGGAAGCUGACAGAAUACGAAAUCAACUUUCGCCCCCCUCUCCACAAGAUGGCCAAAGGAGACGGACACACAGACCACACCCCUCAGGUGAUGGCACUGAGGCAGAAGGCCUUGUGGUACCGCCGCCGGGCAUGGGGGACCCACUUCUCCAGAGACCACCUGAGCCAGCUGGUGUCCGAGCACAACGUCCUGUGGGAGCCCACCGUGACCACUGAGGACAGCCCGUGCGACGCCGUCUCCGACCCUUGCCCCGCUUUAGUACGUGGCAGCAGCAGUCCCUGCGUGGAGGCGCUGGACCUCCCCAGCCGCUCUAGCGUGUGCAGCCCUGCCUCGCCUAGACCGCCACACACUCCGACCGGGCCCGCCCUCAAAGACCACGCCGGCACCCAGACUGAAAGCAAGAUGGCGUGGGUAGCGGAAAAAGACGACGAAACGGAUGAAGAGGAAGGGCGUUUGCCUACUCCAAACAUGAAGAUGCAGAGGACUCAUCAUGACAUCACCACACCUGCCACAGGGGGCGCCAUCCUAGUGGGAAGGCUGAAAGGGGAAGAAAACUGCACCUGCAAUCAGGGGUGUGGCGCAGACGUCUCCACGGCAGCCGGCAAAGCCAUGCCUACUGCGGCGUGGCCUGACUGCAACGCGUACCCCCGUGGCCCCUCCCCCCUGCAGAAGUCCAAAGCAAUCAGGUCCAGACUGAGCAGCCCGGCGCCCUUGCAGCACUGCCUGAAAGGCCGCCUGAGACACGCUGACUUCCAGCACAACGGUGACUUGGGUGUGAGGUUCCGAGAUCUCUCCAGAGCCAGCCUCUACUCUAACGAAGACGACCGCAUGUCCGUGAUGUCCUGCCGCUCGGCGGCGUCCUGCUCGGAGGCGUCGGCGGUGCUGGAGCGCGCUCAGAGGAGACAGGAGGACUUUUGGGAAAAGUGUUGAGACGUCGUCAUGGAAACCAGCCUUUACUGAAUAAAAAACAUUGAAGUAGACCCGUUUGCGUGUGAUCCGUUUGUCCGUGGUUGUCUUUGUGACGCCAGCAGGUGAGUAGAAAAGUCCACAACGUGACAUAACUUCCUCUUCCUCGUCAAUCAGCCCGAUCAAAUAUUGUCUCGGCCUGCUGAUGUCACUUCCUGUGCACACACCUCACAAAUAAAAGUCCUCCACAUGCGUGUUUUAUGUGGCGUGAGCACACAAUAAGUCACGUCAUGUGAAGACGGACGUGGUCAAGCGGCGCGCUACUUAUGUCUCACAUGAUGGAAAUGAUUAUUGCUUGCGCAAACAUCAGUACUGCACACAUGCGCGCCCGCGUCGGGAAACAGGAAGUGAUGUAAUCGCUCCAAUUAAAUUAAUGACAAAACAUUUGUCGUCACACUUUGACGCUUAAUUUCCUCACAGUGACAGUAAACACCACCACUGACCUCUGUGUGUGUGUGUGUGUGUGUGUGUGUGUGUGUGUGUGUGUGUGUGUUUGGGGUUUUUUGGUUGUCCUAUAUUUGUGCGGGGGGGCGGAGGCUUGGCGCGUAUAAAGACGAGGAGCGCCGCUGCGUCUUCACAUCAACUCACACCACAACUUUGUGAACUCUUCACUUUUCCACCUUCUUCUACGCUCAAAGUGUUUUUGCG